CCGUGCUGCGUGAUCACGUGAUUUUCUGUCUUCCGGGUCCGUUCUGCGAAUGAGUCCGCGGGUGAGGAAGAUGAUCUCGGUCAAUGGAAUCAGCAAGAAAGUCUGCAGGCGGCAGCAGCAGCAGCAGCAAGUCAGCAACCUUGCAGCUUGUGAUGCUGACUCGCUGACGGAGAUUAAUUGCCUAUUCAGUAAAUUUAAAACGUACAUCAAACCGUCCAAUGAAGAAUGGUGCAUCCCUAAUGCAAAUGUUGCCCUUAGACCGCACGCAAAAGUAGAAAACUGCCGCCUUCAAGCCCUAAAGGUGUCCCUCAAUGCUGUGAAGAACCAGCUCAGUGACAAGAACAUUGAAGUGUGGCAUCAGCACACCAACUCCACCAACCGUGCCGGCAAGGUCAUCGCCACGGUGCGCUCUGCCGCCAAUGCGGAAAUCUGCACUCAGGCAUGGUGCAAGUUUUACGAGAUCCUGGGAACGUUCAGUGUUCUUGCCGAAGAGGCGAUCUACUCCGGGGAGCUCAACACGGUUCACCUGUGUGAAGCUCCUGGGGCUUUUAUAAGCGCCUUGAACCACUACGUCAAAACCAGCGAACGCACGCGCUACUGCGACUGGAGUUGGGCCGCCAACACACUCAACCCGUACCACGAGGCCAAUGCAAGUGUCACGACCGUCGCGGACGAUCGCUUGAUUGCCAACACUCUGCCGUGGUGGUUUUUUGGCUCCGACAAUACCGGCGACAUCAUGCUCCAAAAGCACCUACUGGAGCUGCAGACGUUUGUGGCAAAUAUGCGGCGAGUGGAUCUGGUGACGGCGGACGGGAGCUUCGACUGUCAGGAGAACCCAGAUGAGCAGGAGGCUCUUGUGGCGUCGUUGCAUUACUGCGAGGUGACCGCCGCUCUGCUCCUCCUCAGUCCCGGCGGCUCCUUUGUGCUCAAAAUGUUCACUCUGUACGAACACUCCUCCGUCUGUUUACUGUACCUGCUCAACUGCUGCUUCCGCUUAGUCAGCGUCUUCAAACCCGCCACAAGCAAGUCUGGAAAUUCCGAGGUUUAUGUCGUGUGCCUCGACUACGACCGCAAGGAGACCGUCAGGCCUCUGCUCUCCAAACUUAUCCGGAAUUAUGGGCCGCAUCUGGCGGACGGAGAGGCGCUCUUCCCGGAAUCCUCGAUCCCGCCGUCUUUCCUCGCACAACAUGAAGACCUGUGCACGUACUUUCACGCUCUCCAGGUGGAGACCAUCACAGAAAACAUGAGAUUAUUUGUCCAAAUGAGCGCCGAGGAGAGGGAGAGGCUCGACAACAUAAGGGAUCGUACCGCUCAGGACUACCUGCGACGUUUCCAGGUGACAUACCUGCCUCGGAAUCAAUGGAUCUCCUGUCACACCGUCAACCCGGCCUACAGUCGUGCCUCGGUGGGCCGACCUCUGGGACCGAAAAAGCAAGCGGCGGGCUCCUUCAACGAGCGCAGGGAAUUGAAGAUCCUCAGCUGGAAGGAGCGCGUCAAGAGAGGUUGCCACAGCGACUGGAUACAGCAACACCGAUGUGAAAGCGACGUGACGGACGGCGUUCUGCGCGGACCCCUGUCUGGCUGUCACGUGUAUUCUUGGUAUGUAAUUGUCGGCGCGGCACUGCGUGCUGUCAGAAACUCUCCGUUCUGUGCAGGAGACUUGUUAAACUAUGUGACUGAAGCACAGGUGGCCUCAGCUGAGAGAGACUUGAACCAAGUGGCUCCCUGUGAUUCAUGUCACGUCGUUAGCGCCGCGUCCAUCUUGUCGGAUCUUGCGGGACUUUGCGCUGACAAUAACGAGACGGAAACAAAAAGCCAGUGUAUGGUGUUCGGUAGCCGCUCGGAGUGGGACGCCUGUGCGGGCCAAAUGGAAGAGCUACUUCUCACCUUUCCUUCAGAAGGUUCAUAUCCCGAAGGAGGCCGCGGCACGCUGCACGACGCGGCGCCGCCGUACCAGCAUCAGCUCGUCAACCGCGUUGUGAUGUCCCUGCGGGGUCUGACCUCUGGGGACGCCCUGUUGCUGCCCGUGCCGUCGGCGCUCACCCGCGUCUCGGCUGCGUUGGUGUUCUGCUUGCACGCUUGUUUUCGCUCAAUCAAAUUCAGAUGCCCGCCCCCAUCAGGCGGCGCCGGAGCAGUGCUCGUAUGCGCUGGCUUUUGCCCUCGAGCUGCGGCCCGAAUCCUCCCAUCCCUGACAGAAGUCCAAAACUCUAUUGGUGAACUGCUGAAAGGACAGGACGAGAGUAAAUGUCAGCUAGCUUGUGAUAGACAGGUGCUCCAAUUUGUGCCCAUGGAGGAACUGCUCAAUGGAGAUUUGACUGACUUCCUGCGGACCAUGAACUCUGAAAUCAUGCGACACACGCUGCAUUUGCUCAUGCAAGAAUAGGACAGGCGAGACUAUGUCAGUUAACGCACUUUACAAAGCAUUGUGUUAUUUUAUAUUCAUAUGAAAUUUGUAUUUUUUUUAAUUCAGCAAAACUGGGUUUUUUUUUGGUGCGGGCUAUCAUAUAUGUAAGAAUAUUUGUCAUCAGAUUCAGAAUCACUAACAAUACAUUCAAAACAAAACAUUCAACGGACCCUUUUCAGUUGAAAAAAAAAAAAAAAAUCAACAUUCAGCUACAAAUUCGGCUGCAAAACGUCCCUUCCGGACUGGGAGCCAAAGUAAUCGUUGGAGCCAUCAGCCAACCAAGGGAGCCAACAUGAUUGACUGACAUUAGAAGUUCUUCCUCAACUGCUUUGGGCUGAUGACCCCGAAGUGAUGUUUUCCUGCCGAAUGCGGAAAUAGCAGCUUGAUGUUGAAUUUCUUUUUCUAUUUUUAAUCUUUUGUUAUAUUUGUGCAAACUCUGUAUGUUUGUAAAAUAAAAGACCACCCCUUUGUGGCCCCAUU